AUGCUCACGGAGGAGGACAUCGUCGACAAGUUCUUCUACCACUACCCUGACCACCCGAAGCUCCUGCAGGCGGAGCAGCCCUUCGCCGAGAUCCUCGCCAACACCUCACCCGCCGCCGACCAGGAGUCCUUUGCCGACUCCACCUCCAUCUUGAUGCCCAGCCAAGGAAACAACACGGACGUCAUGGUCUCCGGGUGCCAGGUACAGAAUGUUUACCAGCCCAAUAGUAUGGUGUUUCCCAGCGAGAGCAGCACCAGCAUGGAAUUCUUCAAAGGCAUGGAGGAGGCCAACAGGUUCUUGCCCGCAGACAAUGUGAUGGUGGAUGGUAGGGGGCGUAAGAAGAGACCUGGCAUGGAUGGUGAGACGGAGGCAGGCUUGGGCAGGAGCAGCAAGCAAAUAAUGGUGGUGCUGCAUAGUGCCACUGCCUUGGAGGAGGAGGAGGAGGAGGCGGAAGCCACCGCGUUGGAGAUGUUGGACCGGCUCAUCCUCAACGGCUGCGAAGCGUGCCCGAGCGAGAUGCAGGAGGUAGUACGUGUCACCUGGGAAGACAAGGAGGACAAGGCAGCACGGCAGAGCAUCUCCAGGCGUGGGAGGCGCGGGGCGAGGCACACGGUGGUGACUGACCUAGAGACUCUGCUGGUCCGCUGUGCAGAAGCAGUGGCCAGCAACGACGUGUGCGGCGCGAGCAAGCUGCUGGAGCGGAUCAAGUAUCACUCAUCGCCGACAGGGGACGCCAGGCAGCGGCUGGCGCACUACUUCGCCCAGGGGCUGGAGGCACGGCUGGCUGGCACGGGGAGCCGAAUGUACCGAUCGCUCAUGGGGAAGCGCACCUCAGCCGUGGAGCUCAUCAGGGCCUACCAUGUGCACACGGCCGCGAGCUGUUCGAUCAAGGUGGGGUUGCUCUUCUCCACCCACACCAUCUACAAGGCCGUUGCAGGGAGGAGGAAACUGCACAUUGUGCACUACGGCAUCAGCACCGGGAUUCAGUGGCCGGACUUGCUCCGGUUACUGGCGAAUAGGGAGGGUGGGCCACCACAAGUGAAGAUCACCGGCAUCAACACCCCUCAGCCCGGGCCCUGUCCGGCUGCUCUAAUGGAGGAGGCAGGGCACCGGCUCAACAAUUACGCGAGCCAGUUCGGCGUGCCAUUCGAGUUCCGCGCCAUCGCAUCCAAGCUUGAGGAUGUCCGGGCUGAGGACCUGCACAUCGAUCCAGAUGAGGUCCUGGUGGUGAGCAGCCUAUACGAGUUCAGGACCUUGAUGGACGAGAGCCUCACCUCUGACAUGCUAAGCCCAAGGGACAUGGUACUCAACACUAUCAGGAAGAUGAGGCCGUCUGUGUUCGUCAGUUCCGUCGUCAAUGGACCAUACAGCGCGGCCUUCUUUAUGACGCGGUUCCGCCAUGCGCUCUACUACUUCACGGCGUUGUUCGAUGUCAUGGAGACCACCAUUCCACGGGACAGCGACAAGAGACUUCUGGUGGAGCGGGACAUAUUUGCACGGUCCGCCAUAAACAGGAUCGCAUGCGAAGGCGCAGACCGGGUGGAGCGCCCUCAGAACUACAAGGAGUGGCAGAUGCGGAACCAGCGAGCGGGGCUAAGGCAGCUGCCAUUGGACCCUGAUAUCGUUCUGAUGCUCAAGGACGAAGUGAAGAAUCGGUACCACAAGCAUUUCAUGAUCUGCGAGGAUCACCGGUGGCUUCUGCAAGGAUGGAAAGGCCGGGUGCUCUAUGCCCACUCCACAUGGGCAGCGGGUGAUCCUACUGGUUCUCUAGUGUGA